UUGACACAAAAGUAAAAAGUAUUAUGUAUGACCUUUAUCCAUAACUUUUAUACGAUGGUUUUAAUAAUGACACUUGUUUAGCCGCCUUGGCAUGUUCUGUAAAGGGUAUAUUAUUGGUUUGACACAAUUAAAAUUCCAAAUCAACCACCACCAAUCUAUAUUACUUUUAAGAUCAAACUAGUUUUUUGUAUCAAGUCAGUCUUUUUCUAAAUGUUAUAUAUGAGGUAAUUAUAUCAAAUUUUCUAUGGUAGCAACUACAAGCUGUCUUCUCCCCUUGAAAUGGAAUAAGUUGUAAUACAGUAAAAAUAGAUGAAAACCCUCUCGGAGUUCCCACCGACCGAUCCCACAGCCAUCGGGAUGGAAAUCACGUAACAUAGAAUACAAGAGGCUUGGGACAUUAAGACUCUACGGAGCAAGGCAACCCCAUACCUAAGAAACCCCCAAGUUGCCAUCUACAUUGCCCCAUGGGGACAUUUGGAGCUCUUGGAUGCUUUGGACCGUCCGUUUUUGGUCGCCCACUCAUACACACACAACUAUCCAUCAUUUGGGACUUCUUGGAUGCUUACAUGGCGGAAGUCCCCCUUAAGAGGGUUGCCUCACUCCACUUUUUGGUGACUAUUAAAGGGUUAACGAUUCCAUGGAGUUUGACACUGGCAAUGGUCGAUGCAUUUUCUGUGUUUUUGAAACGCCCAUCUCGUCAAUUACUAAUAGUGUCUAUCAUUUGUAUAGGAGAUUGGGUUCUAUCAUUCCUGUCACUAGCAGCAGCCUGCUCAACCGCCAGUGUGGCUGAUUUUAUGGUUACAGAAGCCGGCGCUUUUUUCUGUGGAAGAAAAUUGUGCAGUAGAUAUCAGCUGUCAGCUGCAAUGGCCUUCUUGUCCUGGUGCUUGUCUAUCACCUCAGCUCUUUUUAAUCUUUGGAUUCUCCCUUCUUUAUAUAAUUUGUAGAUACGAUUUUUGGCUGUUCACCUUAUAGGAUUAACGUAUAGUUGCAUAUGGUAAAUAAGCAAAAGAAUGAAAGAAAAAAAACAAGAGUUUUAUAGGAUAGGUAUCAAUGUUUAUAGCAUAUUUUGCAUCCAAGUUCAUGAAAUGAACGAAGGAGAAAUUUUUUAUGCAAUUCGACAAGUGAAAAUAUCUUUGCAGUUUU